AUGUCGCCGACCACUGCCUUGGCCCGCCCUCCUGUGUCACCAGUGCUCUCGGACCAUCCCGCGACCAUCGGCAGGCCACCAUUGUCGUGGCUGGUUUCCCCUUGCGCGCACGCUGCCUGCUCGCUGAAGCUUCCACGGCCGACGCUCUUGUUGCUCCAGCCACCGCUGGUUUCCUCUAUCACCGCUGGUCACCGCGGCCACCACAGGCCGCCUCCACCCGAGCCACCGCUGCCAUCGGCUACUCCCCUAGCUCCAGCACCGCGGCCAUGGCUACGGCCUUCAGCCGUUGCCGCCUCUGAUUGCUGCAACGGCUAG